UGCCCCAUCAUUGGUGUCAGUGGGAGGAAUAGUGCCCAUCAUCGUUGGUGUCAGUGGGGGAGGAAUAGUGCCCCAUCAUUGGUGUCAGUGGGGAGAAGAAUAGUGCCCCAUCAUUGGUGUCAGUGGGGUGGGGGGAGGAAUAGUGCCCCAUCGUUGGUGUCAGUGGGGGGAGGAAUAGUGCCCCAUCGUUGGUGUCAGUGGGGGGAGGAAUAGUGCCCCAUCGUUGGUGUCAGUGGUGGGGAGGAAUAGUGCCCCAUCGUUGGUGUCAGUGGGGGGGAGAAUAGUGCCCCAUCGU